AUGGCUGAUAUCCUCAGCUCGUGUGCAUUCUGGGAGCUUGCCCACCGUCGAGACGUCAUGCAUCAUGCAGCAACUCUAGGCCUGUGUCGACGAGGCCAUGGCCAACCACAAACUGCGCGUCGUUUCUGAGGCGGACAUCUUCAAAAGAGCGAAGGCUGGAACGUUCUAUCAAAGAGCGUAUGUAUGUAUGCUCGCUCUGAUUCCAUGGACGCAACGUUGAUCUCGCUAACAGCCCUCCACCUGUAUGUCGCCGCGCCGUCGUUGCUCGAGCGCGUCAUACUCUCGUCGUCUUCGUCGUCGCGGUCGCAUCCGCCUCAGCCGGUGAAACCUAGCUCGAAAACACAUUCGCCGCUGGGCUCGCAGAACGCGUCGCCUGUAUGCGCAACGUUGCCACUCCUGUAUACCGCACACCACAGGGGGCUUAACACGAUGAGCCACGCGCUUCCGACGAGCACGGUCGUCACGACGUCUUCCGAGUCGCGGGAUUCUUCGAAGACAACCGCCCAGGACCACCGCUUGGCCUGACUAGCCAACUUGGACACGCCAUUCAGCUCUGUUGGUGACAGCAACAGCGAUCUUCACCAUUCUGCACAGCUGACUCCACCUCCUCGUUCUCACUGGGCUCCCAACCGUCCUUGUGCUCAGCUACGCUCAUCUAGUCCGGAUUGUCCAUCACGAGAUAUGUCUCCCUCUAUUCGCCGUGUCCGUUGACGUCCUCUAUUAUUGCAAGUCAUCAGCUGGCGAUGCUUGAGAUCCAUUGGGCGAACAUGAGGAUAUGAAACGAUAUUUGUCACUAGAGUGUCGCGUCAAUAUGAGAACGCGCCUCUAUGCGUAAGCGGCCUUAGGGAUUAGACUAGUUCUACUGUUAUAGUCAAUAGUCAUUAGCA